UACAGCAGUCAGCUGCAGAUGAUUCUGAAGGCUUCAGAGAAGAAGGCGGAGCUAGAGGAGCAAACGAGACCAGAGAAAACACAAAGUACGAAGAGUACACAAGUUUCAGAGGCUCCGGCGUGUCGGCCCACCCCGCUGUACGGCCAGCCCUCUUGGUGGGGAGAAGAGGAUUAUGGGAGUCAAGUCCAGACCAGCGAGGAACCAGAACUGCAGAGAGACCUGUUGGUGGAUCCGGACUGUACCGGAUCCCUGCCAGAUCCUUUCCCUCCGUACCACCGUGAGCCCAGCUACUUUGAGAUCCCCACUAAGGACUCCCAGCGGCCGAAGACCUCGGGGGCGGAGCUUCACGAGAUCCCCACCAAGGACACGGACACACCACGAGCCCCGCCCCCCCCGACGCCGCCCGCCGUUCAGAGCCACGCCUCCUUCACCAUCGAGUUCGACGACUGCAUGCCCGGCAAGAUCAAGAUCAAAGAUCACGUCACCAAGUUCUCCACCCGCCAGAGGAAGCAGCCGGCUCCACCCGACACCCCCGUCGCCGCCACGCCGACAGACGUGAUGUCGGCCGAGAGCAAGGUGGCCGACUGGCUGGUCCACAGCGGCGUGGGCGCGAUGGGGAGGCGCCCGCCGAGCGAAGACGCCUCCAGCACCAAGAGCGACCUCGCCGUCAGCGCCAAGACGCUCAGAGGUCACCGUCAUGACGAUGGAACCCAGAGCGACUCAGAGGACCCGCUUCUCCAAGGGGGGAGGAGUCACCACUCCAUCCAAUCGGAGCAGUCCGAGGCGUCGCAGCGGACGAUCCGAUCGGGGCCGCCUCCGGUAUCGCGUUCCUCUCCACCCGGAUCGGCCCCUGAGCGACCUCUGUCCCAGAGUCCUGCUCAGGACCGGUCCCCCGAGCACCUCCCCCAGCAGGCCUUCAUCAUCGAGUUCUUCGACGACAACCCGCGCAAAAAGCGCUCGCAGUCCUUCACGCACAACCCCGCCCACGCCGACUCGUACUCCGCCCUGAAGGCCAAGCUGGAGCGCCGGAAAGGCGGCGAGAGGCCGGCGUCCGUGCACGGCCACAUCCCUCCCACCCAGCAGGUGACGGUUCCCCUGAAGGGUCAAGGCCAGGGUGGCCCCCAGAGAUCCAGCUCUCUGAAGAGGGAGAAGACCGAUGGGGGUGUGGCCUCCUCUGGUUCCUCUCCUCGCUCCUCCUCGGUUAUCGCCAGCAGACCCUUCGGCAGUGUCGGGAAGAAGUCCAAGCUCGCCCAGGAGUUCGCUGCUGAAUUCCUGAAGGAUUCUGUUGGACGAGAUUCUUCCCCAACGAGGGACAAGAUGUCCCCUCCCCCGAUGCCAGUGAUGGCGUCGCCGCCUCGUGCAAGAAUGCCUUCCCCCCAAGAAUCCCCGGCACCUUCCUCAGUCUCCUAUCCCACUUCCCCCUUGCCGCCUCCAGUCAUGUCAAAGUCCUCCACCCCCCCCCAUGCUGCUGUCCAGAGCGCUUCUCCGGCCCACUCCUCAGGGCCUCCCAUGGCCCCCAUGCUGCCCCAGGGCAUCCGGGCAGAAGACCCCAAAGCUUCCCAGAGGAUGAUGAGGAACGAGGAGGACGACAGCCUGAGCGAUGCGGGGACCUACACCAUCGAGACCGAGUCGCAGGACCAGGAGGUGGAGGAAGCUCGCAACAUGAUCGACCAGGUGUUUGGUGUCCUCGACUCUCCAGAGUACAGUGGUGUGAACACAGGAGUGUAUAGACCUGUAAUAAAUGAUGGCAAGGAUGAGCAAGCUAACCUGCCUAGCGAUGGUAGCACUGUGGACCCAUUGCAUGGCUUUAUCCCAGCUGCUAUCAGCGGCCCCCCAACAGGCCCCAUACAGGUUCCAUCUGCUCAGGCGGGUCUGGAAGGACCCAAGUGGGUUUCCCGUUGGGCCAGUCUGGCAGACAGCUAUGCGGACCCUGGAUCCACGCCGCCUCAAGGGGAAUGUCUGGAAGAUUUGCGCUUCAUCAGCCGGUCAAUGGGAAAUUACAGCUACGAUAACUCUGAGUCGGAGUCCAGCCACAGCUCCAGGACAAGAAGGCUGCUUCCCCAGGUGCCUGUAGAGAAGCUGGAUCGUGUUCCCCCAAGCAUUCUGAUCCGCCAUGAGCCGUACCAAGUCCAAGAAGCUGUGGACAGAGUCGCCGUCCCUCACCGGCCACAGGACUGCACCCAGCGCCUGUCGGUUCAGGAUGAUGUGGACCCAGAUAGCCUCAGUGACGCCAGCCGCUCGGAUGACGGGCCUGUUCUGCAGAACACAAAGAAGAAUCGAGCCAGGACCGGAUCUGUGUCUCCAGGGCCCGCUGGUCCUCUGUUCAAGGGUCCAGAGAAAGUGUCUCCCUCCUCCAAAUCCACCUCCUUCUACAUCGGUUCUGAAGACAGUCCAGGCAAACCUGACCAAGCCCGUAGCCUGGUCCAGUCUGAGAGGUCCCGCGACCCCCCGGCAAAACCCCCCCCCACCACCAUCCUGAUCCGACACCUGAGUGGACAUGAACCCAGGAAAACCGGAAUCAAAGCCAACAGCUCUGCUCCAAACCUCCAAACACAGGACAAGGAUUAUAUCCCCACUAAAGACAGCUGCAUUUCAUACAUCGUCCGGCAGGAGAGCUUCACCAAAGCCCAGUCCAGCGACACCGUCCAGAUGAAGAAGCUUCCCCACAUCUUCAGCCACCCGUCCAUCAGAGAUAUGGAGCAGAGGAGGGAGACCAUCAAGGACCCACAGUCCUUCCUUCAGGAGGCCGAGGGAACUAUGUCCUCUCUGGACUCCAAGUUCCCCUCGUCCGGCUCCGGUCGUAGCUCAAAGAAAGGAGGCUCCUCCACCCACAUGGACGACUCUCUCUCUGGUGAGUCGGAUGUGGACACAGAGUCCACCGUGAGCCAGGUGAGUAGUAAGAACGUUCCAAUCAGCUCUGCUUCCAAAAAGCGUCCUGCCAUCAGCAGCCUCCAAAAGGAAAAGUCCUCUUUCAGCCCCGCCGUCCAACAGAAGGGACGGCAGCUUUCAGCCCGUGAACGUCUCUCUGAGAAACGCCGAAACCAGACGACGACGGACACAUCGAGCAAGGCAGAGGCAGCGAAGCGCUUCCAGAUGCGCCGCAGUGCAGGAAACCGCGGAUCUCUGUAUCUGUCAGAGGGCAAGCAGGGUUCUGGUCCGCACAGGACCGAAACAACACUAUCUGACCAUGAGAUGUCCCGUCCGUCCAGCCGCAGCAAGAAACUCAUCAUUCAGAAAGAAGACAAUGGAAAGUCGCCCAAGACGGCAACACAUCAGAUUUUGAUGCGGUCCAACAGCCUGUCGGCACCGCGGCCGACUCGGGCCUCCAUGCUCCGCCGAGCACGCCUGGGUGAGACUUCGGAUAAUGAAGGUGCUGAGACUGACCGGGGUUCCCAGAAUUCGGACCAUACCACCGCACCCUCCAAAGCGUCCGCCGAUGGGAAGAAGCUGUCCAGGCUGGACAUCCUCGCGAUGCCCAGGAAGAGAACCGGCUCCUUCACGACUCCCAGUGACACCGAGACGUCCUCCACGGGCCGCUCUGGCGUCUCCAAUCGCAACUCUGAGUCCGUCAUCACCGCCCGGAAGACAUCUGGGGGCGACGCCCGCCAGGCAGCUAGCAAAGCAGGUGGAGCUUUGGGGAAGCAGGUGCUGACCCGUACCCGGUCCAGCGGAGCCAAGUACCCCACCGCCAGUUCCCGUUGCAGACAGAAGGGCUCAGACUUCUCUUCAUCCUCUGAGGAAGAAUACGAGGCAAGUGUAGGGAACGCCAAAGCCAAGCGCUCCUCCCAUCCCUCCACUUCCUCCCAGACGCCACGCCACCGGAUGGCUGCCACCCGAUCCAAGUCUGUCUCCCUGGAGAUGGAGGAGGGCGAGGACCAGAGCGAGGUCGACCCAUAUCAAAACUGGUCCACGCACAGCGUGGAGAUUGCCAAGCUAAGCCAGGACCUGGCCAAAGAUCUGGCCAUCCUGGCAAAGGAAAUCCAUGAUGUGGCUGGGGACGGAGACUCGCCAAGCUGCGACAUGGGCACCACCACCUCGCCCAGUUCUCUGCCAAACACACCGGCCUCCACCAUCUCUACCAGGGAGGAGCUGGUCCAACAUAUCCCUGAGGCCAGUUUAAACUACCAGAAGGUUCCUCCAGGUUCUGCUGUCGUCUCGGACCUGGACGCAAACAUGAAUGAGCCGGAGCCCGGUUCUAAGCAACGCCGUCCGUGGAACCGCGAAGAGGUGAUUCUGGACAACCUGAUGCUGAAUCCAGUGUCUCAGCUGUCUCAGGCCAUCCGGGAGAACACGGAGCAGCUGGCCGAAAAAAUGAAGGUUCUGUUCCAGAACAAGGCCGAGGUCUGGGAGGAGAUCGAGGCCAAGAUCAACGCUGAGAACGAAGUCCCCAUCCUGAAAACCUCCAACAAGGAAAUCACCUCCAUUCUGAAAGAGCUGAGACGAGUCCAGAGGCAGCUCGAAGUGAUCAACACCAUCGUGGAGCCCGGCGGGGGUCUCCAGGCGGCAGCUGUUGUGACGUCGUCUCUCGGUCAGACUCGACCGUCCUCCAGGGAGAAGAAACCCGCCGCCAAACUCUGCGGCGCCCCCCCGACCUCUAACGCCAACACAAGCACCAAAAGACCACCUCGUGGCCCCGACGGGGCCCACUUCAUGGCCUAAACCGCCCCCCCAGUCAUGAAUCCACGCCGUCUGCAGCCACACGGCCGCUCCUCCUUCCAGUGAUCAGCUGACCUGAAGAUGGACAUCACGGCGGCGUCCUUCAGAGGACACGGCGUGUCACGUCUCUGGUCCUCACUGUCCCACAGUUCAUUGCUCGCCAGUCUGUGUCCCAGGUCCAUACGGCAUACCAAUAGGAUACAGAGCUACAGCUGUGUCAUAGUACAAGGUUUUAGAACACAAGGAGCCAUGUGCUCGUUUCAUCACGCCACACCAGCACCAAUGGAAAACCAGAACCACAAGUCCAGUGAGCUGGAUCUGGUGUCCUCCAGUGGUGAGGAGGCAUCGGUCUGGUUUGUCCCUUCUGGAGAGGACCUGCUCUCUGGAGAUUUGAAGGACUCAUUCAUAUUCCGGUGAUUGGACACAAAAGAAAACAGAGCAGUGAAUAUAAUUUUAGGUUCCUACAACUCGAGGAUGACCCUUCAGACCCUGACCCUUCAGACCCUGACCCUUCAGACCCUGAAGGCUGAGAUGCUCCUCGAUGUGAAGUUUGAUCACCAAAAACAAAGAGAAAUACCAACCUGAACCGAAGGAGUUCAACAAGAACAAGACCUUUGUCUCAAAGGACCAGUCAAGUGGAUCACCAAUCCCCUUCUAGCCUGGGGCUCCUGGUCCUCCUCAGGGUCCCAAGGUGGUCCUGGGCCCUGAGAACCCUUCAAGUGAGACUAAAGAGCUGCUCCAAAGUAAUCUUUCCCAGAUGGAGAUACCAGGUCUCCUUCUGGAGCCAGUCUCGAGGUGUCUGUGGACCGGAACCCACGAGGACCAGGGUGCUCAGACCUCCGUGUGCUGCACUUCUGUCUGAGCACCAUGGAGGAUGUGAAGGUCAGUCAGUGGAGUCUUCACCUCACCUCCUUAGAGCACUGCAUUGUGGGACAUUUGAGUUCUGGGACCCAGUUGAAGCUGAUGAAGGACUCUGAACAUGGACUGGAGAGGUUCAUGUCGUCUGAAGUCUGUGGCGAACGCUGCUGACGUCUAUUGAUCGGCUUCGUGCUUUAGUAGUUCUGCGUGUCGCUGCGUCACAUGACCGCUUGUGUGUUCUGUCUGUAUGUAGAAGAGAACGUUCUACUUCCUGUGAAUGUCCGUGGACCUCCGACAGCUGCUGCUGGUCCUUGAACGCAUCGCUUUGCUCAACGAGAGCCAGAGCCACGUUACCUUGGAAACCUGAUGCAGCCGAGAGCCAGAGCCACGUUACCUUGGAAACCUGAUGCAGCCGAGAGCCAGAGCCACGUUACCUUGGAAACCUGCAAGCAACAAAUAAACCGGUUUCACCUG